GCAAUACCACGUAUUAUUCAUGCCCUCGCAUAUUACAUUAAUUUCAAACACUACAUAAAAUAAAUAAAAUUGAGUAAAGUACCACAUAUAAAUCAUUAAUUUAAUUAUUAGCAUUUUAAUGGGCUAAUACUAUUAUGUUUGACACGAUUAUGUUUGAAUUUGUGCAUAAGUAAACGCAAAUAACUUAAGUACACAAUAUAAUUUUAACAUGUCUAUAUAUGUAUAUAUUCUCACACAUGUAUAUACACAAUAUAUGUUCACAUAUAUUAUAAUAUUCUAAAUAUAAAUGAAAAGAGUUCAUGUUUAAUUUAAAAUUGGGAAUGGCAUAUAAUACAGGCUUAUUGUUUCAUAAAUACUUAUAUAAACAUUCUACAAAUAAUGUUAAAUUUUCAUAUUUACAUAAACAUAAUUUAAAGUUAGUACAGAACUUUUUCCAUAGCAAGCCUACUGUAAUUUUAGGAAUAGAAUCUAGCUGUGAUGACACAGCUUGUGGAAUUGUUGAUACUAACGGACAAAUUUUAGGCGAAGCAAUUAAUUCUCAGUAUCUGACACAUUUGAAUCUUGGAGGAAUAAUUCCAUCAGUUGCAAGAGUACUACAUAAAAACAAUAUUACAAAAACUUGUGAGAAUGCAUUAAGAGCUGCAAAUCUAAAGUUAAAAGAUAUUGAUGCAAUAGCUACGACUGUAAAACCUGGUCUUCCUAUGUCUCUUAGAGUUGGAACACAAUUUGGGAAAUAUUUAGCACAAAUUGGGAAAAAACCUUUUAUACCAAUACAUCACAUGGAAGCUCAUGCUUUAACAGCAAGAAUGAACAGAGAGAUUGAUUUCCCAUAUCUUAUUUUAUUAGUUUCUGGAGCCCAUUGUUUACUAGCAAUUGUUGAUAAUGUAAAUAAAUUUUAUUUACUUGGUACUUCUAUCAAUAACGCCCCUGGGGAGAUGUUUGAUAAGGUUGCACGAAGACUCAAAUUAAAAAAUAUUCCAGAAUUUAGAACUUUAAAUGGAGGCCUAGCUAUAGAAAUUGCAGCAAAUAAAGCAUCAAACAUUGAGCAGUUUUUUUUCCCACCUGUAAUGACAAGAUGCAGUGAUUGUAAUUUUAGUUUUUCUACAUUCUUAACUUUUUGUAACAAGUACAUUAAAUUAGAAGAAGAAAAACAUAACAUAAUGGGUGAUGCAGUGAUUCCUGAUGCAUAUAAUUUAUGUGCAGCACUUCAAUUAGCUACGGUGACACAUAUUUGUCAUAGGACUCAACGAGCAAUGGAAUUUAUUAAUAAAAUGUCAUUAUUUCCUAAAAAUAAACGAACACUGGUUAUAUCCGGGGGAGUAGCAAGUAAUAAUUUCCUAGCUGAAGCAUUGAAUAUUGUGAGUACGGAAUUAGGUUAUAGCCUUAUAAGAACUCCACCUAAAUUAUGCACUGAUAACGGGACGAUGAUAGCAUGGAAUGGAAUAGAAAAAUGGAUUGCAGAUGUAGACAUCAUCAGAAAUCCAAACGAAAUUGAAAAAAUCGAAAUAAAAAAGACGGCUCCAUUUGGAGAAAAUUGGAUUAAAAAAGUAGAAGCAGCAAAUUUAAAGUGUAAAUGGGUAAAAAUAAAAAAAAAAUUUCUAAACAAUUAAAAAAAUAAAGUGCCAAAUACAUUUAUUGUUAUGUUGCAAAGGUUACUAAUUACAAGGUUGUUACCUUUUCAGUUUGUAUAUACUGUUUUUAAAGAAAUAUAUUUUUGUUUUGAUUAUACAGUGUUUCAGUAUGGAUAGGUUGUACUACCCACAACGAAACACUGUAUAAUUCGUUUAAAUAAAUAUGAUAAGUUAUACAAAUGUCGGCGCAUAUUGCUGCAUUUGUUUUUUUAACUUUGUACGUAAACAAUCUUCAUUUGAAUCCAUAUCUUGAACGGAAAUUUUUGCUUCUUCAUAUUUAUCAAUAAUACGUCUAAUCUUUGUUUUAAUUUCGCGUAUUUCAUCUGCAUUUUGUAAAAUUAGAGAUGUUGUUAUAAUAUCAUCAAAUUGCAAUACUCUUUUUGGUUGAAUUGAUUCAUCAAAUUCCGAGAGAAAUUCUGAUAAAUUAUUUAAUUUUAGUUUAAUUUCAUUAUAGAUUUCAUUUGCUCCAUUUGUAUCCAUUUUAUUUACUAUAAUCAUAGUAGGUCUAUCUAGCAAAUCAGGGUUAUAAUGUUCAAUUUCCUUAUUUAACAAGAGCACAGUUUCUAGGCAAGUUCUAUGUUUAUGUCUUAUAGAAAAUUUACAUCCCUGAAUGUCUACAAUAAAGAGCAGUAAUUUUGUUCUUUC